AUGGCAUUAAAAUAUUUUAAUUAUGAUGUUAUACAUUUAGUAUUAUCAUUCCUAUAUUUCCUUGUAUCUAUAUUUUGUGUAUUUAGUUUUAUAAAAAGACCUAAAAAACAACAAAAUACACAGCAAUUCAUUUUUUAUCCUCUACUCUUUUUAGGGGUUAUAGUUAGAUCAGUAUUUAUGUUUUUACAACCAUUUGUUAGAGAAAAGUCAAUAGUUAUACCAAACCAAGCUAAUGUAUUAUUGAAUACAUUACCAUCAUUUACAUUUUUUUCAACAUAUUUAAUAGUAUUAUUUAUAUGGGUAGAGAUUUAUAUGAUCUCAUAUGGUUCAAUGAUGAGAUCAAUAAAGAGUUUACCAAUCAUUUUCAAUAUAUCCACAUGUAUUAUGUAUAUUGUAUUGAUAAUUUUGUAUAUAUUGGAUUUUACAUUGUAUAAAUUGGACUACAGUACAGUCUCAACCUUUACAACAUUACCAGAGAUAAUCAUUGGUUAUUAUGAUGUUGGUUGCUUUAUUUUAGCAAGUUUUUUAUUUUUAUUUUUUGGUAUUAGUUUAGUAGUAAAAUUUAGACAUCAACAAAAGAAUUUUGCUGAAGAUAAAAGAAAAGUAAUCUUACGAAGAAUCACUUUUUUAACUGGUUUAAUUUGUUGUUGUUUCCUUUUACGUGCUGCUAUAACUUGUUUUGCUCUUAUUGAUUUACAUUUAAUUUCUGGGUAUUGGUGGUGGUUUGAUGGAGCUUAUUUUACAGUUUUAGAGAUUGUACCAUUAUCGAUUAUGCUUUAUUUACUUCAAAUGGAUAGAAAUAAAACUAGAAUACCAUCGGAAUAUAACGAAAAAACUUCUUUAAUUAAUUCAAACUCUGCAUAA